AUGAAGGAAACGACAACACAGGAUGACCUGAUCCCGGUCCGGCUUGGAGUUGAUGGCCAUGUUCAACCAGAGCACACCAGCGGCACGCCUCUUGUCCAAGGAAUCGACAUCUACAAUGCAGAUGCCCAGCAUGAAAAUAACGCCGCGUUGCUCAGAGGGUUCCCGAUCGACCGCAACGUCUUCCGGCUCUUCGCAAGGUCCACAGGCCUCUUCCCGCCAAUUCUGGCCACCCUGAAUGCUCUCCUGGACGGCCAGACACGCACCAUCCAGAUUCUAGACUAUCAACUCGUCGUUCUCCGCAUGACGGGAACCGUGGGCGCCGAAUACCUCUUCGGCAUUAAUGAGGCGGUGUCGCGGGUCCACGGGAUGGGCGAGGAGAAGAUCGAGGCGCUUCGCAAGGGGCUGAAGGCCGAGGAGCUGUUCGCGAUGGGUAUCUGGUCGGAGCGACAGCAGUGUUUGAUCAAGAUAGUGGAUGAGUCCGUCGCAACGUGGACCAACACGGAGGACACCAUCGCUUGGGCAAAGACGCUAUUAACGGAUGAUGAAAUUGUCGAGGUGUUUAUUGUCCUGGGCUUUUACUCCAUGAUCGCUCGCAUCACAAGGGGCUUGCGGGUUCAGAAAGAUGCCCCCAUUCCACACCUAAACCAGUCUAUCGUGGACAAAAUCACCAAGAAUGCCCGAGAUUAA